CUAAUUCAGCAACAUGAAAAGGGCAACAUAUUAGAAACAGUUGUCAGUAUGAUGCACUGCACCAUCACAACACCACCAAAGUUAUUAAACAACGAAAUACAGUUUUGGAUAUGAAUUAUAAUUUGCGAUUGACUGGCGAUAUUUGACCUGAAGCCACCUGGGAUCGUACAAAAUCUGUUCCGCUCUUUUUCUCUCAUUUCUCUGAGCGUAGUGUCGGCUGGUCAUGAAUCCUCACUCGCUGUUGAUGGUGCUGAUGGUGGUUGCCAUGGUAGCGGGGGCCCAUUCAAAUAAUGAGGAUAACGAACUGGAUUAUGGACACUGGAACUACAGAGAAGGAGCCGACAGAGUUAACGUGACGUCAGUGCGCAGUUUGACUAAAGUUUUGGAUACGUGGGGGAAAGGUAUUUUUAAGGAAAUCAAGACUUUGCUGCAUUCCCAACCCAACACGCUGCUCCCUGACUACUCCAGGGUGCGUCCUCUAUCGGAGACCAUCGACGACCUGUUCACAGAAGUCUCCGUGCUGCAUCAGCGUAUCACAGAGCUCUCCCAUCGCCUAGCAACCACGCAACCCUUCUUCCGUCACCAUGGCUACCGUGAGGAGAGGCUCAGGGAUGAUCCGUCACCGGUACGUCAGAGCCUGACAGGUGAGGAGGCGAGCCUGGCCCGCGACGUGAUCAGCGCACGGGCGAGGGCCAGCCCCACCACGGGGGGCCGGCUGGUGAGAAGGCGUUUCAGAACGGGGGGGUUGGGCGGGCCGGCGCACGGUCACGGCUAAUGUCGAAAGCCGAAAACUUUGGGACUUUGCAAAUAAAAAAGAAAAAAAUAUAAAUAUAUAUUUUACAAAUAUUGACCCUGUUAUUGUGUAAACUACAUUGCCUGAUAUCUUCAGAAUUGACCUCUUCUGAUGUAAUUUCUACUUUGGUUUAUGAUUAUACUGAACCUGAAAUCUGCAUAAUAAACCUUCAGAACUGUCUAAU